GCAUUUCGUUGGAGGUAAUGGACCAACUGUGCAGUUUCCAGAUCCAAUACCAGCUGAUGGCUCAGUUCUUCGGCCAACAAGACCACCUCUCAAACGGACUUAUUCUGAAAAUCACACAGUGUCAUCAAAAAAGAGAAUUUACCGUGGAUGGAGAAGGCAGUGUGGAUUCAAUUUCAAUGGAGAAUGAAGUCCCAAUCAAAAUUAACAACAGUAGCAACAUUGCUGUACAAACAGAAGAACCUUGGGUUUCUGGGAUUGAUAUGUUUGCAAUGGCUGCUGAACUACACAUGUUAAGAGAAAAAGAGAAGCAGUAUAAAGACACCAUCUGCAAACUGGAAACAGAAAUAAAAGAGCUUAAAGAUCAACAGAAAUCUGAAAAUCAGAAGCUAACAUUUGGAGUUGAUGAAGUAUUAAGAAGAGAGGGAAAGUUGAAAAAUAUAUUUAAAUAUUACACUGGUAUUGUGUACAUUAGAUUUGCUAGUCUUCUGGCAUUUUUGGUAUCUGAUGGAUCCUCGAUAAAUUAUGAAAGGGUCGCAAAGACAUUAGGAAAUUGUCACUGCAAGAUGGACUGUUUUCAACUUUAUGUAGACUAA